CGGUUAAUCGGAUCUCAAUUAUGGACGAGGAGGCAGCAAAACCUAGAGAAUCCACCGUGAAUCAGCAACAACAACAAUACUUAUACGGAACGUUUCAAGGCGUUGCAAAUUUUCCUCCUCCAGCUCCGCCACCUCAAUUUCUACCGCCGUUGCAGCAACCGAUUGCUACGUUUCCUGGACAUGCUUAUCAGAAUCUCCAAGGUCAUAGUGGUGGUUUUGUGAAUUAUGCUCAAGGUUUCCCAGUUGUUCCUGAUUAUACAGUGGUUGAGGUGAGACCUAUGAUAGAGCAUGAACUUCCUUGCUGUGGCUUGGGCAUGGGCUGGUUUCUGUUUAUCAUGGGUUUCUUGUUCGGUGGGAUCCCUUGGUACCUUGGUGCUUUUAUUGUUCUAGUCACAUCUGUUGAUCACCGCGAGAAAGCUGGUUACGUUGCCUGUUCAAUCGCUUCCGUUGUCUAUUUGAUUGCCGCCAUGCUCGGGAUGACUGGGGAUAUUAACAUCUGAAGCAUGUUCGCGUCUCUAGGAAGAUUCAAUCAUCGGCGGUGGACGAAAAUGGGUGUUUUCAGGCUUCACCAGUACCAAGUCGUAGGAAGAGCUCUCCCGACGGAGAAAGAUGAGCAACCGAAGAUUUACAGGAUGAAGCUUUGGGCUACGAACGAGGUUCUUGCCAAAUCCAAGUUCUGGUACUUCUUAAGGAGGCAAAAGAAGGUUAAGAAGAGUAAUGGACAGAUGUUAGCUAUCAACGAGAUCUUUGAGAAGAACCCAACAACGAUCAAGAAUUUUGGAAUCUGGUUGAGAUACCAGAGUCGUACUGGUUACCAUAACAUGUACAAAGAGUACCGUGACACUACUUUGAACGGAGCAGUGGAGCAAAUGUACACUGAGAUGGCGUCAAGACACAGAGUCAGGUUCCCUUGCAUUCAGAUUAUCAAGACAGCUACAGUCCCAGCCAACCUCUGCAAGAGAGAGAGCACUAAGCAGUUUCAUAACAGUAAGAUCAAGUUCCCGUUGGUCUUCAGGAAGGUUAGACCUCCCACCAGAAAGCUCAAGACUACCUUCAAGGCCUCCAAGCCUAACUUGUUUAUGUAGAAGCUCCCUCCAUCUUUUUCUAUCAUAAGAUUUUGUUAAACUCAAAGGUGACUUCUAUUAAAAUAAAAUAUUUCGGUUUCA